AUGGAAGUUUUUGGAAAAAAUGAUGAAAAUCUUCAUCCAAAAAUGUUAGUUCCUCGUGUUUGGACAAAUCCUCGUAACUUUAAUUUUGACCAUAUUGGCAAUGCAAUGCUUGCUUUAUUUGAGACACUUUCAUAUAAGGGAUGGAAUGGUCCUUGGGCUGUUUUAUUUAUUCAUGUUUAUGUAUUUAUUGGGUGUAUGAUUGGUUUAACUCUUUUUGUUGACGUUGUAAUUGCUAAUUAUAUGGAGAAUCGGGGGACAGCACUUUUAACUGUUGACCAAAGAAGAUGGCAUGAUUUAAAAGCUAGACUUAGAAUGGCACAACCUCUCCAUGUUCCUCCACGUCCUGCUGAAUCUUCAAAAAUUAGAAAUCGACUAUAUGAAUUAACAACAAGUCGUUCAUUUAAACAAUUUUAUGCAAUUCUUGUUGUUCUUAAUUCUGCUACAUUAGUAGUACCCUGGAGUGUAGAGGAAGAAGAACAACGUCGAACACUUUUAUUAAUAUUUACUUCGUUUGCUGGUAUUUGUUCUUUCCUUUUUACUAUAGAAAUUUUACUAAAAAGUAUUGCAUUUACCCCUCACGGAUUUUGGCAAAGUCGUCGAAAUCGUGUAGAUUUAUUAAUUACUUGUGUCAGUAUUUUUUGGUUAAUUGCCCAUUUUGGUAUUAGCGAAGUUGCUUUACCUAUUGUUUCUUUACCACCUUCACAGUUUAGAAGAUUUACUUAUACACUUGGUUAUAUUAUUGGAAUUUUACGUUUCUUUACUAUAACUGGUAGAAAAAGUACUUUGAAAAUGUUAAUGCUUACAGUUUUGUGGUCUAUGGUUCGUUCUGCAUUUAUUAUCGCAGCAAUGUUUCUCCUUAUUUUAUUUUAUGCCUAUGCUGGGGUUAUUCUUUUUGGAACAGUUAGAUAUGGUCAAGCACUUUCAAAACAUGUAAAUUUCCGUUCAGGAAAACAAGCAUUAAUGGUUUUAUUUAGAAGUAUUACAGGAGAAGAUUGGAAUGAUAUAAUGCAUGAUUGUAUGCGUUCCUCUCCAUAUUGUUAUUGGGCACCUUCUUUAAGUUAUUGGCAAAGUGAUUGUGGAAAUUAUAUGGCCGCAAUACUUUAUUUUUGUUCUUUUUAUUUAAUAAUUGCUUAUAUUGUUUUAAAUUUACUUGUUGCCGUUAUUAUGGAAAAUUUUUCUCUUUUUUAUUCUUCUGAAGAAGAUGCUUUGUUAAGCUAUGCAGAUAUUCGAAAUUAUCAACAAGUAAAUAAUCUAAACCUUUCUACUAGUUCUCGGUAA